GUGUAGGCUGAGUCCCAAAUCGUAUGGUGUAGUGCACUAUGUAGGGCGUAGGGGAAGCCUUUAUUCAUUGCUGUGUAUUUUCGUUCGUUCGGCGCUUCAGGAGCUCAGCUGCGGAGGUCUGAACCUGCCGGAUAAACCUGGGCGUUUUGAUGUGAAAGCGGUCGAGCGAUGGCGGAGCAGGAUGAGGACGUGGUGAACACCAAAAGGGGUAAAACUCUGAUUGUGAGGCACCUGCCUGCAGAACUGAGCCGAGAGGAGAAGGAGGACCUGCUGAAAUAUUUCGGAGCGUCUUCCGUCCGUGCGCUCUCCGACAAAGGCGCUUUAAAACACACAGCGUUUGCCAGUUUCUCCAGCGAGACUUCGGCCUCUCGGGCGCUGAAGAGGCUUCAUCAGCUGAGAAUUCUGGGUCAUACGCUAGUCGUUGAAUUUGCAAAGGAUCAAGAUAACGUCGCUGUGCUGAGCAGUCCUGCAGUUACUGACGGUCUGAGGGUCGCUGAUCAGCAAGAUGGAAAGCAGAAAAAGGAAAAUCAACAGCCAAACGUGCCUCUUAUCGAUACCAGCAUCGCUCCGACUCUCGGGUUGAAAUUUCAAACAAAUCCGACGCUGAAAUAUUUAUACCCUCCUCCUUCAAGUGCGAUUGUGACAAACAUCACCCACACUCUGCUGAGUGUGCCCAAGUUCUAUGUUCAAGUUCUUCACUUGAUGAAUAAGAUGAACCUCCCCUGCCCGUUUGGACCCAUCACCAACCCUCCGCCAGUGUUUGAAAUGGCUCACGGACUGCUGCCUCCGUUGAUGCCGCUGCCCCCUCCUUUUCCCCCGGAGAACCCCCCGUUGCCAGAGGGCGCUGGAGAGUCGUCCAGCGAGGAGUCAGAGUACGAGAGUGGAGACGAUGAGGACAAAGAGAGGAUGAUUAGGCUGAUGGGGCUUGUUAACCAGCCGUGUAAAAGACCCCUGAGAUCAAAGGCUGCCUCCAAGAGGAAGAAACCCAAGCUGAAGGAUCUUCUGUUCACUCCUAAACCCGACUCCCACAGCACACCGGGCCCGGCCUUGCAGCCCUCCGACGUGUUUGAGCAGCCGCAGUCUCUCGGACACAAGAAGAUCGAGUUCCACAUCUCGGCCGACGUGUCCACUGCGCUGGAGGUGUCUGUGCAGCCCAGGGAGCAGAACACGGAGGAGGAGGCAGCAGACGCAGCGGAGCAGGAGGCAGGAGAAACGGGCUUUGGGAAGAUUUUCCCCAGCACACAGGCCAACAGACAGGAGGAGAGCAGUGAAGGGGAAGAGGACAUGCCCUCAGAAUUCAUCUCCAGGAGAGAGCUGGAGAAAGGCAGGCUCUCCAGAGACGAGAUGAAGAGGAUGUCUGUCUUUAAGAGUUAUGAAGCCGGAGAACCGACCUGCAGGCUUUAUGUGAAGAACAUUGCGAAACAAGUGGAAGAAAAAGACCUGAAGUACAUCUACGGCAGGUACAUCAACACCUCGUCAGAGGAAGAAAGAAACAUGUUUGAUAUAGUUUUGAUGAAGGAGGGGCGAAUGAAAGGUCAAGCCUUCAUCGGGCUCCCCACUGAGAAAAGUGCAGAGAGAGCCUUGAGGGACACCAACGGAUACGUCCUGCAUGACAAGCCCCUAGUGGUGCAAUUUGCCCGCUCAGCGAGGCCAAAACAGGAUGCGGGCCAAUCGAAGACUGGAGCAAAGAAGCGCUAAAUAGAUCACGUUAGAAGCCUCAGUCAUGAACCUGCAGGACAAUUUGUAUCCUUAAGCGUGCAUAUCCUUUCAGAAAGAGAUUUAAUAUCAUGUGAUGCUGAUUUAAUUGCCAUUUAAUAUCUCUUAUAGUUGUUAUGUUCUCUCUGACUUGUGCUUUCAGCCCUUAGGUGAUGAUCCCGGUACCUUCAAGCAAAGUCUGUCAGAUGCAAAACGAUGUAUUUUUAUUAUUAUUAUUAUUUUUUUUUAAUUAAAUGUAUACUGAGGUGUUUUGCACAUA